AUGGUUCGGUCGGUUAGGGAAAUGGUUUUUGGGGUUCGAUUUAUUCGGCUGGUUACCAUGGUUACUUUCGAAGGUAUGGCCAACACGCAUACCCAGCAUCUAUAUCUGUACCUCCUCGAGCACCAGGAGCAUCCAUGGGCUCAAGAAGAAGUUACAGACCUCAUCAGACUCUUCCAGGUGCGUCGUUCAAGAGCUGGAGCUGCCUUACAAUCGCCUGGAGGAUUUCAAGUUUCCCUCGGAGGUGGAAAGUAGUGAUGCCAUGAUUCUUUGCCAUUCGGUCCAUAACAGGGGGUUCUCCAUCACUGAUGUCCAAAACUCAAUCUACGACGAGUUCCUGAAGAACUGCAAUCAGGUCUUUGGUAGAGAUCACAUGGUCGUUGUCGUACACGAUUUCAACUUCAAUAAAGAAGCUCUGAAGGGCCAAAUGGAGACAUUUCAAUCCAUACAGCCGGCAACGUUCAAGAUGGCCGGCCUCGUUGUUCUUGCAGGAAAGCUUGAUGAUACCGAGGUGCAACUCUGUCAAGACGAUUUAACACAGCUAGAAAAGUUCGUGAAGAAAUUUUGCUAACGUCUGCUCCAAUUAGAGAGAGAAGGAAAA